AUGGCUUGGAGCGGCGAGCCUGACGAUAAUGCUGUCCAGACCUUGCUUGACUUCACUGACCAUGCCUUCGACCGCAACGAAGCCAUAAAGCGUCUCAAGGCCAACAACUGCGACGUCACCCAGGCCGUGGGCGAGUUCUACGACAACCCUGACAGCGCCAACAAGUAUCAGUGGGAUGACAGUGUCUGGUCAGCCGAUCGAGACGCGACUGGAAACACUGCUGGCGUUCAAUUCAACGUCCAGGGCCCCGACGUCACCACUACCCAGAUCGACAGCACCAGCGCUGCACCCACUCGCCCUCCCUCCAGAACGAACAACCGAUCGCCAUUGGGUAGGCUUGUCGACUUGACUGCGUUUCAGGCAGCAGGAGCUCCCGCUACCCAGGCGGAUGAGGAUGCCGACCUCCAGCGCGCCCUCGCCGAGUCUGCUGCCGAAUCCGGCCUACCCCCUCAAGAAUCCGGUGUUACUGCCGGCGAUGUGAACGAGAAGAAGUUCGGUCCUGCCACGCGAGCUGAAUACGAGCAAGACCAAUGGGCCAUGGUACCGACCAAGGUAGAAGCCACCCUUUCACAGAAAUCAGAGAUUCCGCCCUCCGCUCGGAAGCGAGACCCCGCUGCUCCUGCUUUUCUUCGCGCCAGCAAGGACCAUCGUGUAGGAGCAAUCCUGACCAUACUCAGCCAUAUACCUCUCGCACGUAACGCCCUCUUAUCAUGCGGAACCUCGAGUCGCACUUAUGGCUACAACGGUGAGUGGUGGGCGGGCCACCCAAUCCUGAAGCAGGAGAAUCUGGGCGCAGAUAAUCAGGACGAAUGGAGCGCAGCCAAGGACCAUCCCGACUUCCACGAUGAGCUUCAUCGCCUGAUCGCCUUCCUCGAGAAUGGCGAUCGUGCCUACGCUUCAGUAGAUGGCAUAGUGGACACUGAUGCUAUUGAUCCUCACCAUGGGUUCAACUGGGGCAGCUUUGAUUUCGAGGACAGGUUCUUCGAAGUUCUCAAAGGAGAGUACGAGCAAACGCUUAAUCCGUUACUGGAGCCGUUGAUGUCAACUGCUAGAACCGAACGCAUCGUAAAGCCUGCAGUCGAUGAAAUGCCCGCCGGCCUGGAUGACGCCGCCGUAACCCAGACCGUCGAGAGCGACAGCGUUGACGAGGCGAAUAUCAAUUUCUUGACCAUUCCCCUGAUGGAGAGCGAGAGCCAGUGGGUCUCCAGCCUGUACAAUGCUCUUGACGCCGUCUUCUGGAGCGAUGCCUUCUCCAACCGUGAAUUUCCUACCGACACCUCUAACACGGCCGUACUGACCAACGUUGGGGCCUUCUUCGUCCUGAGGAUUGGCGGAGAUGGUCUCUGUAAACCCUGCGACGUUCCCGUGACCCUGUACCUUGAUCGCUACAUGGAAGACCGGAAGGCUCAAGCUAUCACGAUCCAGACUCAGAUCCACAAGCUAAGGUAUUUUCUCAGUACAACCGAGAAGAGAGAGAAGAAAGUCCUGACAUGUUCGGGUGCGACUGAUUGUCGCGCUCGAAAAUGGUUUGAUGAUAAACCGCACAGCGCUCGUGAUUGCUGGCAAAAGACAAUUGAGGCAUGCGAAGCGCUGAUUGGCAGGCAGCGCAGACUGGCACAGCGUCGCUACACGGACAAUGAGUUGGAACAAGGCAAGACGCCCUCCAUACAGGACAUUGCGCUUAUAUACUCCGGCGACGCUCCCUACGAGCUUACUCCCGAGGAACUCGAAGUGCAGCACACUCUUGAGCGCGCUGCUCAAGCGGCCGAAGAAGAGCUUGCUGAUAUCGACCGUAAACUAGAGGGCAUCAAUUCAAGGCGUCAACAAUUUCUUGAGGCUCUCGACCAUUUGUCGAUGAGACUAACGACUCGCGAAGACGAAGCACCUCAAGAUUUUGUUGACAAGUACAUCACACCCUCUGAACCGCAGUACUACAAACCGGAAUUCUGGAACCCGACUCGCAGGUUUCUCCUUAGAGGUGUUGCGACAACGAACGAGAUUACGUAUGUGUGUACUAGAAGACAAGUUGAUCCCGUCGAGCUUGGGGAUCAGGCCGAACUGAGAGACCAAUGGUGGCGACUUGUCUACGCUGCACAAGAGAAGAAUCCCAUCAUCGUCGAGAAAACGGAUGCAGAAUCCGUCUCGAUAGCAGCUGGCAGUGAGUCCAAGCACCCGCUAUUUGUUUACGCCUCGGAGGAUGCCAUGAACGCGGACCCAGUGCAGCUUUCGGAUGCUUUACGCACCUUUGUACGUGCCGACAACAAAGUCUUCCAGAACGAGCUGUCCAAGGAACAAGUUCAGACAGAGACCUGGACUGAAGGGGACAGCGGCAAUGUCGCUUCACCCGGUGACGGCCCCGUUCCUCUAACGGCCGACGCGAUUAAUGCGGUAGCUCCCGCACAUUGGGCAUCCGUAGCAAAACGGAAGCACAGCCCUGCUUCGUCUGUCGCAACAAUCAACUCGACAGGUUCACGAAACAUAGAGAUGGUUUCUUAUGAUGACGUCCCGCAGUUCGCCGACUAUGGAGACCCGUCAAUGUCUUGGCAUCAUGAGUACGCCAGUCCAGUACCACACCCUAACAAACUCGGCGGUUUGGUCGAGUCCCUCGAGAAAUGCCAGACUUAUGAGCCCGAGUCGCCAGUUCUUGGCCGUCGUGAUCCACCAGAGCAGAAUAGGCACGAUUUUUCGUCUUCUAAUGCGACAUCUGAUGCAGUAAGGGCUCCAGAGAUGCAAGAACGUUCUGGUGGCCCAUCGCCGUUCAUGGUCAAUCGACCAGUUGAGAGAGCUUCGCAAGCUGCCCCGGGCCCGGCCAACCUCAUGGAUAUGGAUGUGGACGUGGACAUUGAGCACCAUGAGGGUUAG